AUGGGCGCGGGCGAUGCUGGGAGGUGGCGCCGGGGCGGGCGGGCCGCCUGGGGCCGCGGGCAGUGCGGGAAUUUCGGACCGGGAGGAAGGAGCGGCGCCGGGCCCGCUCGCGCAGGAGGGAAAAUGCCAAAUAAGAAAAUGGCUGGAAAAAGAGCCCCUGCAAAAACGAAACUUGCUGAAGUGUUUGGUCUGGGGGAAGUUCUAGCAGAUACAUCAAGAAAAGAAUGGAAAUUAGGUGUCCCUGUAGGGCAGGGAGGCUUUGGACGCCUAUACCUUGCUGAUGUUAAUUCUUCAAAGUCGGUUGGCAGUGAUGCCCCUUAUGUUGCGAAAGUGGAACCCAGCCAGAAUGGACCUCUUUUUACUGAGUUAAAGUUCUACAUGCGAGCUGCUAAGCCAGAUGAAAUUCAGAAGUGGACUAAGUCCCAUAAACUGAAAUAUUUAGGUGUACCAAGAUAUUGGGGUUCUGGCUUGCAUGAAAGAAAUGGAAAAAGCUAUCGAUUUAUGAUAAUGGACCGAUUUGACAGAGAUCUCCAGAAGAUGUAUGAAGAGAAUGCAAAACAAUUUUCUCAUAAGACUGUACUACAAUUGGGCCUGAGAAUACUUGAUAUUCUGGAAUAUGUCCAUGAGCAUGAAUAUGUGCAUGGAGACAUCAAGGCCUCAAACCUCCUUCUGAGUUACAAGAACCCUAAUCAGGUGUACUUGGUGGAUUAUGGGCUUGCCUACCGAUACUGUCCUGAAGGAGUUCACAAAGUAUAUAAGGAAGAUCCUAAAAGGUGCCAUGAUGGAACUAUUGAAUAUACCAGUAUUGAUGCACACAAGGGUGUGGCACCAUCAAGACGUGGUGAUCUGGAGAUCUUGGGUUACUGUAUGAUUCAUUGGCUUAGUGGCCAUCUACCAUGGGAAGAUAAUUUGAAAGAUCCAAAUUUUGUCAGAGACUCAAAAAUCAGAUGUAGAGAUAAUAUUUCCAUUUUGAUGGACAAAUGCUUUCCUGGGAAAAAUAAACCAGAUGAAAUAGCCAAAUAUAUGGAAAAGGUGAAGGUACUCAGCUAUGAAGAGAAACCUGUUUAUCAGCAUUUCCGAGAAAUACUUCUGCAAGGUCUCAAGGCCAUUGGACAAAAAGAUGAUGGUGUGCUUGACUUUGGCUUGGCAGAGAAUGGAGACUUUCAAAGAAAACCCGUGCAAAAGAAAAGAAGUAAGGCAGCAGCUGCAGCCAGUGAGAGCACUGAGGCAAAAAUGGAAGAUACAGGAAGUCCAAAGAAAAAGAAAGCUGCUAUUUCUAAUGCAAUUGCUACCAGAUCCCAGAAGAUGACCUCACCAAAACCCAAGAAAAGCACAGCAACCAGAAAGAGAGUCCAGAAGUAAAUAAUAUAUGGAGCAACAAAUUAAGUUGCUCUGUGGCUCAUUUCUGAUUUUUUUUUGUUGUUGAUAGCACUGGAAUCUUUUUCUUUCCUUUUUAAAUGAUGAAUCCGGUAAAAACAUGGACUGCUGUUUGUACCUGUUUUUGAAGAAUAAAUGUUUUAUUAAAAUA